AUUGGGAAGUUUCAGUUCCUGUUACUUCCUUCUUGUCUGCAACCCCCUUCCCCUUACCCCUCCGCCGCCGCCGUCUGCGCUCGCCGUUGCCUGUGCGGCUGCGCUGCCGUUGCCCUGGCCCCAUCGCCGGACGCGUUAUUCCGGUGGAGGUAUACAAUGAGGCUGCUGCAAGCGGAGGAGUUGUUCCGGAAGGUUCUGGAGGGGUCGAAGACCAAGAAGGCACGACUGCUUGGGCUAGACGUCGGCAACAAGUACGUCGGGCUGGCCGUCUCCGAUGAUCAGAACAGGAUCGCUUUGCCUCUAAGUGUCUUGAGUCGGACAAAGACAAACAUCAACUUGAUGGCAGAUGAUUUCAAAACAUUGGUUUCGAAGUAUUCCCUCGCUGGUUUCGUUGUGGGCUAUCCAUUCAGCCUUCAUGGUCAACCUAGUCCAGAUGCAAUUCAAGUAAGUCUUCUUGCUGGAGAACUUUGCAAAACCGGGAAACUUGAUGAUCAGUGCUACACAUAUUGGGAUGAAAAUUUCACCUCAAAGUGUGUAGAAGCCCUCUUACAUCCUCUGAAUCUAAAAAACCGGGAUGAGGCCAAAACAAUGACAGAUAAAUUUGCUGCAGUUUGCAUACUCCAGGGUUAUCUUGAUAACAUGAACAGAAAAUUGAGAUCUGCAGAUAAGUCUGAAGCAUAAGGUGACAUGUAAGCUCCAUUAAACUAAACCAACGAGCAGGGAUCAGCUUCUGGUUGGUCAGAUUUGUGCAGAGUUUGGAGGCUAGUUUUUGCCAUCUUUGUUAUUUACAUAGUUUAAUGCCCUUUUGCUUCUGAAAUGUUCUUCAGACUUGCAGUCUUUCUUUGAAGGGAUUUUUGUCUGUGGGACAUUGAUAAAAUGUGUUUUGGUCUCUAGCA